AUGAGCCUUCGUGCUCCCCUCAACGGUGCUGCGGCUCCAGCGUUCUUCUGGCUUCUCCUGAUCUGCAACAACAACGGCAACCCCACUCUUCCCGAUGCCGAGAAACCGCCAACGUGCAACUACCGUCCGUUUCUUUGUUAUGCGUACGAGCGCCUCAAUUCCUCCUAUCCAGACUGGCUCCAACAAUCUGAUGAGAAGUGUACCGAUUGCACAAUGGAGACACCGUGUGACAAUACGAAGACCAUUACUGGGCACACUGACGGGGUUCGACCGGUGGUUGUGGCCAAAUGUCGCCCGCAGUUUUGCAAAGCAGACGCUGCUCCGUCGAACGAAACCGAUUGCAUCCAGCCUGUGUCGGUGAACGGAGAAAAAGUCUUCUUCCCGUUCAACAUCUGCCCGCGAGAGAUGAUCACCGGGACUCCACCGCCUCGAGGAGAUCCCACCCAGCUCGCCUUCGCCGAAAAGGGACACAUCGCGUUACAAGUCAAGAAGCUACCGGAGCUGCCUAAAGGCGGGGACCUUGAGCUGAACAUCAUCACCGAGAUGCUCCACGAUCCGGUUGCCAUCGCAAGAAAGCUCUUCCACGAACUCGCGCACGGCUACAUGGUCUCGGAAACGAAUGGGAAUCCGCGCAGAACAUUUCAUCACGAGGAAUUGAAAGCUUUGUUCCACCACGCCCGCAUCAUCGUUGGCGGGAUGAAUGGUGUUGCUCGCGUCUCCGGGUCGACUUGGAUCGUUGGAGACAUCCAUGGAGAUUUCAACACCCUCGCUCGUAUAUUCGCCGCCUACUCGGAAAAGGCGUCGCCAGGCCAAAAUAUCGUGUUCCUUGGCAAUAUCGUCGAUCGUGGCAAACGCCAGUUGAUGUCUGUCGUGCUGAUAGUCGCCGGUUUGGUGCUCUAUCCCGAUAGGAUCUUCUACGUGUCCGGCAAUCACGAACUGCCACAUGUCCACUACGCCUAUGAUUUUUGUCUGGAACUGAUUGAUGAGGAAUACACCGAGUCGUGCUGCCAGCAGAUUCGAGCCAUGUUCGCUAGCCUGCCCAUUUUGGCCCUGAUCGACAACCGCAUACUGGCCAUGCACGGGGGCAUCGGCCCAGAAUUGACACGCGAAACCGUCGAUGCAGGAUUCCAGCCGAGCGACGACAUGCACGAUGAUCUGCGCAUCGCCGUUCUCUGGAGUGACCCCAAUCAUCAGGUCAAAAAGUAUGCUUGGAACCGCGUGCGUGAGACUGGCUAUUUCUACGGCGAGGAGGCGAUCGAAGAAAUCCGCCGUGAGCUCGGCAUUCAAUUCAUCGUCCGGGCUCAUCAAAUGAUGAACAUCGGCGUGCAGUUUUUUGGCGACUGGUUGAUCUCCAUCUUCACAUCAACAUGGAGAAAGCCGGAAAAUAACCCCCUGUCGGCGGAUGAGCAGACCAUGCUUCGCGCGAAUACCAGAGAGGGCAUGCACUUCAGGAAUAAAAUCAUUCGGGAUGAGGAGCCGAACCCGGAGAUUGGCGGUAUCUUGGCGUACGACGGUAACAAUCGAUUGUCGAUGAUCCAUUUCAUCCCCACCAAAUACACCUACAACACACACGCCGACUUCGCGAAAGCAUUCGAGCGCAAAACGGCAACGGAUCUGGCCUUUUCGGAGAAUAUCUGCAACAGGCCCGUAUGGCGCACGGCGCCCUCCUCACGUUCUCAUAAUGAUGCGACGGCUUCCCGGACUCCAGACGCCCCGGACGACGUCAAGGACAGUUUAUCGACUGCGCCUCCUCCGACGAAA